AUGCCACUAACAAAACGGGCGGUUUCGCCUGUUAACAUCAGUCGAGACACGAUUCCGCCGUCAAUUCAACGCGAUGAGCUUCAGUGUACCGCCAACGGAACCAUCGCCAAUUUGAUUCGGCAGUUGAGCUCAUUGAGCAAGCACGCGGAGAACAUCUUUGGCGAGAUCUACCACGACGCGAUGGUCAUUCAUCACAAAACCAACACUCUCCAGCAAAGAAUUGAUAGGCUGCACCAGAAAGUGGAUCAACUGGACGCCACAACUGAUCAGGCCUCUCUCAACGAAGCGAACAUGCGAAAAGCAUUCAAAAGCUCGAUGCUUGUCGAUCAGCACAUUUUGGAUAGGAGCACGUUGCCAGCAGCGUUGGCUGAGCAGUACGCAAUUUGUGAUCCACCACCAAACCUAGAUGCGUUGAAUCAGUUCAGAGACUCCCCGACCCCAGCCCUGUUCCUUUACACAAAUCCCUCAUUCUUCUUCGAUUUAUGGAAAAAAGAGACUCUGAAAGACGUGGCAGAGCGGCCAAGAAGAGUAAAAAGUCCGAAUGACGGCUCAAAAAGCCCCAAAAAACGGAGAAAGCAGCCGCAAGGAACUGGUCCACUGGGCACUACGAUGUACAAUGAUAUGCCGAAUAGAAAUCGACAAAUCAGUGGAUCACGGAUCAAUCAGCAGAAUGAGGUGUUCUCGUUUCCGGAAGAGUAUCAGGCACCGCAGGCACUUGGGUUACAAUUAAAUUUUAAGAAUCAGAAUUCGCAUCCCGCGAAUCUAUCUAUGGUGGCACCACUGGGAAUGACAAUGCACCAUCAUCCCCAACAAAAUGUUCAUCCGAAUCAACAAAGAUCCACUGGUCUCCCGCCACCACCACACAGAGCGUCUCCGAUCAUUAAACGGCCCAUGGAUCCACCUCCAUUCACCGGUGGAUCCUCGACCCUUGAUCAUCUUCCACCUCCAGAUAUGUCGAUUCUAUCGAUUGACGAUGAGGAUGAUGAUCUUCCACCACCACCACCGUCUCUUCUGAUGCAACAAUCGAUUGUUCAUCAACUGCCGACCGAGGCGCCGUCGACGAUGCAAUUCGUGGAGCCCAGUGCUGCGCCGCCAACAAAUAUUCCUCCACCACCUCCACCACCGCCUCCGAUGCCCAUCAGCACCGCCGCCGCGUCGUUUGCUGCUCCAGCGCCAAAGGACGGUGAGCCCUCAUCAUCAGCUCCAGCCCAGCCAAAACCACUCGAUGGGCAUGGUGACCUUAUGGCGCAAAUUCAAUCAGGCUACAAACUACGAAAAGUGCAAAGAGCCGAAGACGAAGCUGCUGAUAAGGCUGCUCUGGAGGCUAACGACGUCGCAGCGAUUCUGAAGAGACGAAUGGAUCAAGUGAUGGGAAAUGAUUCGAGUAGUGAAGAAGCGGAUGACGAUGAUAAUGAAUGGGAUGAUUAA